AUGGUGAAUUUAUGCGAGGGAAAUGACGCGCAACCAAAUGCAACAAUGGAGACUCGGGUUGCUGGCCAGGGACAACCGAAGAAAGUUGGCCGAUGGUCGCUGGCCCAGUUGCGCCAAACUGAUGAUAGUUUUAAUGAACCCGAUGGUGCUUUUCAGGAAGUUCCUGAGGAAAUAUUGUUGAAAUCGCAUGGCGAGGUGCGUUUACAGUCGGGCACAAACAAAUUCGAAUCACAGCGUGGCAUGACUGGCUUUGGUACUGGCCGCGAUGUUUGCCGAGAGGGAAUUCACGUCAAUCAGGCACCAUCCGAUCUGCCCGUGCGUUAG